CUUUGGAUUAAUCGAAUUACAGCUGCUUCCCAAGAACAUGGUUUGAAGUAUCCAUCAUUUAUUAGCAAUUUAGUCAAGUGUCAAGUGGAACUCAACAGGAAAGUCCUUGCUGACCUAGCUAUUUAUGAACCCAAGACUUUUAAAUCUUUGGCGGCUUUGGCGAAGAGGAGGAGAGAAGAAGGUUUCGCAGCUGCUCUGGGGGAUGAGAAGGAGCCAGAGGGGAUCUUUUCUCGGGUGGUGCACUAUCAGUGAAGGUGAAGCCCUCACCAUGGCCUCAAGGGCACUUUACACAAGGAGAGACUUGGAUUAACUAUCAGUUACCCCAAUUACAAAGUUGAUCGUUUUUCGAGGUUCCACAAGCUGUCCAAAUUUGUUCGUAAUCAUGUCUUUUCACAUUUCAGGAGCACAAAAAAGAGGAAAGGUAGCUGGGCUUUUACCAGGAUAGAGGGAUGGGAGAGCCCUUUGCACCCUGGGCACCCUAAGGGAUUCAUUCAGUAUGUUUUCUUUUGAACAAGGAACAAACUUUAAAAACGUAUCCUCGAAGAGAUGACAAAAUAAAGUUUUUAUACCACA